AUGGGGUCCUUAUACCUUAAUAUGUUUAAGGGAUGGUGCUUUACUACAAACUUAAUGCAUCAUCCUAAUGGUAGAAUUGUAGUGGCUUGGAAUCCUCUGAGUUAUGAUGUGGAUAUUAGAGGGAGUUCGAGCCAAUGGAUGCAUUUUACUGUCUCAGCCAAAAAUAGAGAUCAUUUUUCUAUUACUGUGGUGUAUGCUUGUAAUGAUAUGAUUGGCAGGGAGAGGCUUUGGGAAGACUUGGAAAACAUGGCUCAUGGUAUUACUGGCCCUUGGAUAGUUAUGGGAGACUUCAAUGCAAUAUUAUCUCCUGAAGAUAGGUUUCCUCAUCAUGGGAAUCGUUCAGAAUUAGCUUCUUUUCAGCACUGUGUAGAGUUUUGCAGGUUAAUAGAUAUGAAGUUUUCGGGUACUUUUUUUACUUGGAAUAAUAAACAAGAUGGCAAGGACAGGGUAUAUGCUAAACUAGAUAGAGUUUUAGCUAAUGAGAACUGGAUAGGAAAGUUACCUACUGCUGAAGUGAUUUUUUUUUUUCCUGAAGGUGAUAUGGACCAUAGUCCGUUUAUGGUGAAUUUUGGCUCUCUUCCUGAGAAUAAGAAACCUUUCAGAUUUUUCAACUUUUGGAGUAACCUUGAAAGUUUUCAAAGGACAGUAGCUGAGAGUUGGAGGAAGGAGGUUCAGGGGACUCCAAUGUUUUUUUUGAUAACAAAAUUAAAAAGGCUGAGAGUGGAGUUGAAAAAGCUAAAUAGAGAAGGGAAAGGGGAUGUUUUUGUGCAAGAGGCAAAGAAGCAUAAGCUGAUGCUAGAUACCCAAGAGAAAUUACAGUCUGAUCCUGGUAAUAACCAAUUGAUUGAAGAAGAGAUUUCAAGAUGGAAAGAUUACCAGAAGGCUCAUAAAGACCUGGUUCAAUUUCUAAAACAGAAAGUCAAAGAGGAUUGGCUUAAGCAAGGGGAUGAGAAUACUAAGCUUUUCCAUAAUAGCAUUCAGAAUAGACAUAUUCAGAAUGCCAUCUACUCGAUUUGGGACAUGAAAGGAAAUUGGCUGGAUAAACAGGAGGAGCUUAACAAUGCUUUUUAUGAAUAG